AUGAUGGGGGUGGAGACACUCCUUCAGAUAUGCUGGUGUUGAGAGUUACCAGGGAACUGUUAAACUGUUCUGAGAACUGUAGCCCCGUGAGGGUAAUAAGGUCUCUUAACAUCUGAAUUGAUGCUUUUGAAUUAUGGUGCUGGAAGAGACUCUUGAGAGUCCCAUGGACUGCAAGAAGAUCAAACCUAUCCAUUCUUAAGGAAAUCAGCCCUGAGUGCUCCCUGGAAGGACAGAUCGUGAAGCUGAGGCUCCAAUACUUUGGCCACCUCAUGAGAAGAGAAGAAUCCUUGGAAAAGACCUUGAUGUUGGGAAAGAUGGAGGGCACUAGGAGAAGGGGACGACAGAGGACGAGAUGGUUGGACAGUGUUCUCGAAGCUACGAACAUGAGUUUGACCAAACUGCGGGAGGCAGUGGAAGACAGGAGUGCCUGGCGUGCUAUGGUCCAUGGGGUCACGAAGAGUCGGACACGACUAAACGACUAAACAACAACAUCUGUCAGCACCCUUAAGAAACAUGCAAGAAUUGUCUCUGUAUGUGUGAUAUAUGGAGGGUCAGCGCUUCCCCAGCCCAAUAACUAAGAGCAGCUAGGGGGAUUUUUGCAAAAUAAAUAAAUAAAAAUAAACCAAUUACAGAAUAAAUCAGGCAAAUGUGCUUUCAUUCAAGUUGCAGAAUCCAGCUUUUCCUUGUUGCAGAAGAAAAAAAAAACAUGGAAUAAAUCAGGCAAAUGUGCUCAUAUUCCAGUUGCAGAAUUCAGCUGUUUCUUGUAGCAGAACUUGGCUGAACUUUUGCACAGAUUGCACAUCCAGCCCUGCCCACUGUCGACUCUGCAAACCCGCUCUCUACUACAAAAGGAACAGCUCACUCCUGAGAGAAAGAAUUCCUCUUCAAGUCAAGCAUCGGGUGAAAUCUGUGUCUCCCAUGAAUCAUCGCACCCUGCAGCUUUAGGAGAGCAAUUGGAUUUUUUCUUCUUUUUAUUGAUGCCUCGCCUUGCUUCUACAGAACUCUUCAUUAGAGGACUUCCUGCCUUCUCUGGUGCCUCAAUUGGCUGCUGUUAUCUCGGUCUACAAGCAGAGCUUCCCGAACACACACCAGCCUCUGUGUUCCCCCCUCUUCCACGCAAAAUGAAGUAAACAUAUCACCGAGUUCCCCUUUUCAUCAGGAGCUAAUCUUUGUCUUGUCCAGACACCAAGGUCUUAGCCAGGCGAGGAAGACAAGUAGCAACCAAGAGGUCUCCAGUUUCAUGCACAAGGAAACCAACGAAAGAGAAGACAAGACCAGAAUCCUGCAACCUCUGACAGGUUCCAUCAUGGAUGUCAACGCCACUGCCCUGUGGCCUACCAGUGUCUCUUUGCAGCUGCCUUCCAAAGCUAGAAGCGAAGAGAGCAAAAUCAUGGACACAAUCCAGAUCUUCUUCUACAGUGUGGUUUUCCUGCUUGGCUCCCUCGGCAACGGGACCGUGAUCUGGAUCACAGCGCCCCAGGUCUUACACACUGUCAAUUGUGUUUGGUUCUUCCACCUUGCCUUGGCCGACUUCCUGUUCUCGGUCAGCCGGAUAGUGCCGCUGCUGAAGAACGCCUUCAACGAGGGGUGGCCCUUUGGGAGCUUCGUGUGCCAAGCAAACAGCUUCAUCAAGUACCUCAACAUGUUCUGCAGCGUCUUCCUCCUGGCUGCUAUCAGCUUGGACCGAGCAGUGUCCGUGUCUUACCCGGUGUGGUUCAAAAACCACCGGGGGCCCCGCUUGGCGUGGUUGGCUGCUGCUGGGGCCUGGUUUGUGGCUACUGCCGCGAGCCUCCCUUUCUAUCUUUACCGAAGAGUGGUAGCAGAGAAAGGUAGCACCAAGUGUUCCCUCGCCCUGGGGGACAAGGUUUCAGUGAAGUGGGCCUUGUAUUUUCUGAGGUUGGUCUGUGGGUUCCUGGCUCCCUUUGCCAUCAUUGUGAUCUGCUACGGGGUCAUCGCAGUGAAGCUGAGGCGGCGGCAGACCACCUUUCGUUCCAACAAACCCUUCAAGGUCAUCUUGGCUAUUGUGGUCACCUUCUUUCUCUGCUGGGCACCGUACCACAUAUUCCUCAUCCUCAAGUUGGUGGGAGUGAAGGGUCAAGGGAUUUCCAUUGGCCUUCCCCUCAUGUCCUCUCUGGCCUACCUCAACAGCUGUGCCAACCCCAUCCUUUACUUCUUCUUGGGCCUGGACUUCCGCAGGAAGCUCGGCCGUUUCAACUUGGCUGGGGCUUUCAGGAGAACUUUGCUCGAAGAGAGCGGCUACUCCUUCAGAAGGCCUAGCAGAUACCAGAAGGAAGCUACUUCAUCUGUCGCUGAGCCGGUCCAAUCCACGGUGGUUGAUAGAGUGCUGUGAGCAAAUUCAAGGCUCUGGAGACUUGAGGCUUGUGAGGCCUAUGUGUCAUCGUUUGCUAAAACAGUAUUAAUCCAUCACAUUCCUUACCAAAUCAAAUUUUGUACGGCCUGUUUCUGCCCCCAAAUUGCGGAGUAGAAUGAAAUUUGACCUUGUGCUACACAGCGAUGUUUUCUGAACAUUUUCAACUGGGUAUAGCAGGUGUGAGGUUCGUGGCAGAUCCAUUUCUUUAUCCAGGUCAGGUUUUUCAAAAUGACCCGGUCUAAGCACAGAUAAGUCCAUCCCAGGAUUUGUACUAGACUGACAGGGCAAGAGCAGUUCUGGAAAGAAGGAGAGUGCACCCUAGGGCAAGGAAGGAACUCUAGAAUAAAUCCCUAUACCUACUAAGUUUAGUCUGAAUGCUGAUUCUUAGUCUCAGUUCUCUGAACAUAACGUGUGUGUGUGUGGGUGUGUGUGGUCUUUUGCCCUAUCAUUGGGUCUGAAAGCAAAUGUGGAGUCAUUCGAGGGACAAAUAAAGCUCUGCUUUUGAGAACCAGGCUCUGGAAAUGGAUUGAGGACAAGUUUCCGAAGUUCAGCUUAGCAAAGCUGGAAAACCAAGACCCUUAAAAACCUGGGGAGAAUGCUUGCAUGGUAUUGCAGAAUCCCACCCCCACCCCUUCCCUGAGCAGUGAGACUUUCCAGGGAACUAGGGCUUCCUAGGUCUGGGUGAGUCAGCAUUGGAGACUUAAGGUGUCUUUGCGAUAGAUGCCUGCAACAACAGCCCUGCAGAAUCGAACAGUUAGAAGACUUGCUCUGGUUGACAGAAGCACAUGUGGUCUGAAGCUGCAUGGGGCAGUGUCUUUCCACCCCUGAAGGAUUCUUAGAACUUCUGCUGGCAUCUGGAUUUUUUAAUAGCACCUUGUUCCUCUCUUCUCCUCCGUGCCGUGUUGCUAAGCAGGUUUAAAGCACAGAGUGUGUGUGUGUGUUUGUUUAAUGUACCUGUGAUGGUGCAAAAAUUUAUUAAAUACAGUCAUCAAACAGGCUUCCUAAACAUGGGAUUGUAGAAGCUGCUCAAAAUAGACACACCUCUCCUGAGGAUUAAGCGACAGCUUUGCUCAAUGUUUCCUAUCGCACAAAACAAGUUAUUCAUCCAGCUUCCCCAGCCCAAAUAGGAGACAGGCAGUCUUAAUCAUGCAGGCUUUGUUUCUGAGCUGUUUUGUUGUAGGUGGUGCUGUCUCAAGGAGAAUCCUGGUGGGUCACAUCUAGGCCAGCAUUUUGUUCUCACAGUGGCCAUUCAGAUGCCUAUUAAGGAAAGCCUGCAACAAGGAUGCAAGGACAGUAGCCCUAGUCCACCAUAGUUUCACAGUGAUAUAUAGGCAGUAUAACCUGGCUGCAAUACACCCACCAUGUCUAGAAACCUAUUUGACCAUCUUAAUCGCCUACUGAAGCUACCCAGCUCGUGGCUGGGUACCCGUCACACCCAGAAAAUUCCAUAUUUUAACUAUGUGCUAUAUAUGGAGCUUCCUUUAGUCUGUCCUGAAUCUCCCAACAUUCAGCUUCACUGGACAGGCCUGGGUUCAAGUCCCACAGCAAGUUACUGGAGAGAAAAAACUAGUCAAAUGACCAGGGCCACCUUCACACCAAGCCAGAUGAUACCAGCUUAAACAGUCAUGGCUUCCCCCAAAGAAUUAUGGGAGCUGGAAAUUGUUAAGGGUGCUGAGAGUUGCUAGGAGGAACCUAGUCCCCUCUCAGAACGACCAAUUCACAGGGAACUCUGGGGAUCAAAGUUCUGCGAGAAGAGACUCGGGGACCUUAACAAACUACAGCUUCUAUAAUUCUUUGGGGAGUUCAUAACUGCUUAAAGUGGUAUCAUAGUGCUUUAACUUGGUGUGAAUGCGGCCUAGGACUAAACCAUCCCCAUUUCUCGGCACUAUAUGUAGGUGGUGACAUUGUAUGUGCUGGGUACAUGCAUUUCACUGAAUAUUCUUCAGAGCUGGAUGAAAAUUCUUCAACAGUUCAGGGAAAAUACAUUUUUCACCUUCCCUAUCUUUCAGAAUGUUGAAGGAAGCUCUUUUGCUGGCUCAUAUUGGGGGGAUGAAGAGAGUUGUGAUCGAAGAGAGGGCAGGCAGGAGAAGGGGCAAAGUCUGUUGAGCAAAAGCAAAUUGCCUAUAAAUGAGGCUGUUUGGGGGCAGGUAAAGAUGUGAGUGAGCCAAAGGGGGUUUGCAGGUUGUGCAAGGGCCAACAAUCAGCUGUUUGUCAGGGCUUGUGACAUGCCAUCCAUGGACCAUGCAAACACUGGCAAUCAGCGUUUCACAAGCUGCAGCAGCAUCCACAUGGGCAGGAAAAUGGCAUCACUGAGAUAUCUGGCAAUUGACAGGUAUGAGAGGAGCCAUGGGAGGCAGAGACACUCACAGGAAUGUGGGAAGCUGUCUUAUAAACUGCUUUGAGGUUCUUUUUCAAGAGGCGUACUCCUUUUAUGAAAUAAAUAAAUACUGAAUGAGGCUGUUGGUCCAUCCAGCUCAGUACUGCUGCCACUCCAACACUUAGAUAGGAGUUUCUCCCACUCCUACCUGGAGUUUGGACCUUGUACAUGCAAAGUAGAUGCUCUGCCACUGAGCUACGCUCCUUCCUCAGCUGCUCCUGCUCCUUCGACUUGUCACUGCGCUUGGAGAAAGCAGCUGAACAGGCACCAGAAGAAGGUCGAAGGGGUGGGGGGAACUAGCAGCCCCACUGUUGGGGAGUGGGCCUGGGCUGGUGUCUCAUGGCUCUUGGGAGCCAGUGUGGUGUAGUGGUUAAGAGCAGUAGACUUGUAAUCUGGGGAACCGGGUUCGCGUCUCCGCUCCUCCACAUGCAGCUGCUGGGUGACCUUGGGCUAGUCACACUUCUUUGAAGUCUUUCAGCCCCACUCACCUCACAGGGUGUUUGUUGUGGGGGAGGAAGGGAAAAGGAGAUUGUUAGCCACUUUGAAACUCCUUCGGGUAGUGAUAAAGCGGGAUAUCAAAUCCAAACCCUUCUUCUUCUUCGUCUUCUUCAUGAUUCCGAGCCCUGAUGACAUCAACCCUGAUAGCAGUCACUUGUGCGCGACAGAUGCAUAGUCAUGGGAACAACUGGAUAUUCCGCAUGGUGGGUACCAAAAUAGGCUCUAGCUAGUGCCUAGUGUACUUC